UUGUUUUUUUUUUUUUUUUUUGUCUUUAGUUGUUUAUGUCGGUCGGGUUUUUGAAGCAUGGAAUCUGUUGAAGAACCUCUUAUUCCUGGACUGCCCGAUGAUUUGGCUUUGAGAUGUCUGGCCAAGUUGUCACAUGGUUAUUAUGGAGUGCUUGAAGCUGUCUCAAAGAGGUGGAAAGAUUUGGUUCGAAGCAGUGAGUAUGCGAGUUAUAAAGCUAAUAAAGGAUGGUGUGGUGAUUGGUUAUUUGUUGUCACUGAACGUUCCAAUAACCAGUGGAUUGCCUAUGAUCGCGACGCUGAUCGAUGGCGUCCCUUGCCAAAGAUUCCAACUGACUAUGAAGGCUUACAGCAUUUUGGAUUUUCGUGUGUGUGUGUCCGCAAUCGGCUCCUUGUGAUUGGUGGCUCUCAUGCUCCUCUUAAUACUGCUUAUCCCCGUCAAACGCCUGAGAUAACAAAUGCUGUUCUGCAGUUUGAUCCAUUUAAGAAUCAGUGGACCAGAUUAACGAGCAUGCAAACACCACGAUCUCAUUUUGCAUGCUGUGUUAUGUCUGGGAAGGUUUAUGUUGCUGGAGGGCGCAACUUAUCUUACCCCCAAGGGCUUUCUCUUGCUGAGGUUUAUGAUCCAAUAAGUGAUCGGUGGGAGGAAGUGCCAGAAAUGCCCAACCCGCAAAUGGACUGCCUAGGUGUAUCAUACAAAAGUAAAUUUCAUGUAUUAAGUGACCAGGUAGGCUUGGCAGAGCACAAUCCAUCUGAAAUUUUUGAUCCAUCAAAUAAAGCAUGGGCCACAGUUGACGACAUAUGGCCUUUCUCAAGGGCAAUGCAAUUUGCAGUUCAGGUGAUGGGGAAUGAUAAAGUUUAUACCGUGGUGGAUUGGGGGGAGAGCUUGAUUAAAGCAAGAGAUUCUAGAAGAGGAGUGUGGUACAAUGUUGGUGCUGUUCCUCCAAUUGUUUUUCCUGAUAACGCCCGAGAACUCGAGGCCUUUGGUUAUGGUUUUGCUGCACUGAAAAAUGAAUUAUAUGUUCUUGGGGGAAAGGUUCUCAAGUGGGAAGAUUCAGGAGCUGGGAUGUUUGACGUCGUGAGGUUAGCUGGAGUUAGAGUUUGUGAUCCUUUACAGAGGCCAUUAAACUGGAGGGAAAUCAGGCCCAUGUGUAGGCCAUCAGCUGGCACUAUCCUAGGCUGUGCCUCCAUGGAAGAAGAAGCUCUUCUUGACCAGGAAAAAUGUACUCAUUAGAACCAAACAGUCUUAACCACAGCGCAGGGCAUCUGAAAUUUGAAGUCUUCUGCAGCAGCAUCACAUAUCUCUCAAUGGCAAACUUGCUGUUAGAAAAAGAAAAAAAAGAAAGAAAGAAAUCUUAUUGGCGACAUAUAUUUCAUUAGAACCCCUACAGUUAUGUCUCAAGUAACCUAUUUCCUUCAUAGUACUUGAAUAAAAGAAGUUUGUCUAGCUCUGCUAUAUUUUAUUAGGUGGAUUUGUUAUUUUUGAUGUUAUUUCUAGAGGAAGAAUGGAGUUGAAAUGCAUUAGGAGUGUAUUACAAUUUUUAUUGAUCAUCUCUUUUUUUUUUUCCAAACUUCCAAUUAGUCUGUUGAAGAUGGCAUGCAAAACUUGUAAUCCAGUUAUUCAUAGCCUGCAAAGCUUGCUCUAUGGCUGCCAUGGAUUUCACAAGGGCAAAAGCCAGCAUUACUAGUGCAUAACAGAUUAUUUAUAAAAAAAAGAGAAAAAGAAAGAGAAAAAACAGAGACAAGAGGUGGAGAACAUGUACGACAUGUAGUAAGAUGUACUUUGCCAAAG